CGCCAAUAGGCGUGAAUCUUCUAAGCUACGGUAUUGUCAUACAGCACUGCAGUCCCACAUUGAUUGUCACAACAGCACAUCCCGCCCACGACCGUAACUGCAGGAUACGUCAGACAGGGGUCGAUCCUGACGAUCAACAGGAUGAGAUCAUAGGGUGCAACACAUGGACAUCGCGGCUGCCACUUUAAGAAGCUGCUGGGUUGGACUUGCCGGACAGACUCGAUAGAUGCCACCUCGAUUAAUAAAUCCAAUUUGGCCAAGGCAUUCCGGAUUCCAAGAUGCAGCAACUCGACUUUUUCCACAUUUGGACUUUGGACCAUCCAGAAAACGGAGAGUCUCAGUCAUCAUCGUCAACCACCACCACGGCCAUCACUGCAACCCGAACCGCAACUGCCAGUAAUAACACACACGCGCGGUCUCACUCCACACACACCCAUCAUCGUCGUCCCCCACUUUUCGAUCUCGCACAAUGGAGUCAGAACUUCCCGCCAAGGAGCAGCUCGCAGCCCGCGCCACAGAGGGUCUCCCGAUCAGCCAGCCCGAGGCCUCCGCCAUCGCCGCUGCUGAGUCCGACAUGACCGGCCGCGGGCCUAUCAAGGGCGGCCCCGCUGCCGCAGCCCAGAGCCAGCACGACCGCCAGCAGAACUUCUUCGCUGUGGCCGGCGAAGUGGGCCGCAAGCCGCCCGAGGAGAUGACGAAGGAGGAUGCUGCGAAGGUGCAGCACUUUGAGGCACGCGCAUUGGGUCAUCCGCCUGGAAAGGACUCGUUGGCUGCACAGGUGCAGCACAUUGCGGACAAGAAUGCCCAGACGCAGCAUGCCGACAAGUGAGCAUGAGUGACAUGCUUCACAAGGGGUCAAUGUCCAACCAGGGCCUCUUCGAGGUAUGGAAAUAUGGGAGGUGCUGGAGAUGGAAUGUACGAUAGGGUGUAUUGUACCAACGCGACAUCAUGGCAUUAUGAGUUGAGAGAUGGGUUAUGAGGUAGACAUGGAGUUGAGCGUUGUAUCGAUAGAAUAUCUCAC